AUGAAGUCCGUCGUCUUCAAAGGGGUUAAGCAAGUUGCCUUUGAGGACCGGCCAAAACCUACUAUCCAAGGCCCCAAGGACAUCAUCGUCAAAGUGAAGUACACAGCUUUGUGCGGAAGCGAGCUUCAUGUCUUCCGCGGGCAUCAACCUUCCGGAACCGGCUUCAUCAUGGGCCAUGAAUUUACUGGCACUGUCGAUGAGGUUGGCUCUGCUAUUACCAAGCUUCAGCCUGGUGACGCGAUCGUUAGCCCCUUCACCGUGAGCUGCGGAGAGUGUUUCUUCUGCAAGCACGGAUUCUCGUCACGAUGUGACAAAAGCCUACUCUUCGGCACCGUUCCUCUUGAUGGAGCACAGGCUGAGUAUGUGAGAAUUCCGUAUGCUGAGAGUACUGUCGUAAGGCUCCCAAAGAGAUUGACGACUUGA